AUGUUCAGCCUGGGAGAAAGGCUAGUUCGGGAGGAAGAAACGAGACCGGUUGGUGCGGGUUUGGGGGGAGAGGCCCGAUCUAGUAGGGAGCGAGAAGAGGGCGGGAUGGCGAGCGAAGCGGAACUCGGUGGAAAACACGGUCAGAGGCGGUCGCCCGAGAGGCAGAUGGCAGCAGACAGAGGGAAGAGAAGCAGAGAAAGGACGGAGAGCGAGAUGGGGGGAGAGCCGCGAGAGAAGAGGAGGAUCUUGUGGCGUUUCUGGAGGGAAAACGGGGGACGAGAGGGAGAGGGCGCGACUAGUCCGUCCACCCUCACCAAAUCACCAGCCAGAUUCACUCUUCUUCCUGGACCUAGUCGUCCGACGAGGGCCGUAUACAAAGUUGUCAUCUCAAGCUUCCAUCUCGCUGGUCGUGACAACGCUCCCCUCGACGGCUCCACACUGGUCUCGGAAAGUCAAACUGUGACGUGCUUAUACUACGGAUCCGCUGAGAGGAGGGCACCGGAUCCCCAGAGACGUGUCACGCCGACUUCUUCACGGAUCCCUGGGGAACAUCUUCGUCAUGAGGGGACAAAGGGAAGGGAACCCAAGCAUUUCAAGUGGCUGCAACGGUCUCAGAUGGAGUACCUGAGUGAAGCUGCGGAGUCGAUGAUGGAAUGGAGUCUGGAUGGGCCACGUUUUGGCAAACUUUUCAGGGCCGAACCAAUCCAUCAUCGGGUUCAGUUGAUGAACCGCGAAGACGAUUUGUUUUUCACCGCCUGGUCGCCUUGA